GGCAGAAUGAUUUUAUUUCUUCCAUUUAUUAUAAUCUACUGUAUGGAAAUUGAAAACUGUCAUGCAAUUCAACAAAAUAAAACGUAUUUUCAUCCACUUUCUGAUGAACUAAUCACAUUUAUCAAUACACAUCCAAAUGCUGGUUGGAAAGCUCAAAGAACUAAACGAUUUCAUACAAUUCAUGAUGCUCAAAUAAUGAUGGGUGUUAUAUUAGAAGAUAAUCAUCAAAGAAUAAAAUUACGUCCAACAAUUAAUCAUAAUAAUAUUAAUAUGAAAUUACCAAAAUUCUUUGAUUCACGUAAACAAUGGAAAAAUUGUCCAAGUAUUCGUACAAUACGUGAUCAAUCUUCAUGUGGUUCAUGUUGGGUAAUAAAUAAUUUUUGUUUGUUUGUUCUUUAGUAAAUGGAAUACACCCAUGAAGAUAUUUAAUAAGAAAGAUUAGUUCAGUGAAGAGUUCCGUUUUUGGCGAAUUCAACUUUGAAAAUGAAUCCUGUGUAGAUUGCCUCCGAUAUAACCUUAAGUCACAAGGUUUUUGAAACAAAGAUGGAUAGCAGAUUGAAGUAGAAUUUAGUUUGAUACGUGUUUUUGUUCUAUUUUGGGACUCGUCAGCUAAAUGUACCUGGAUCUUAAAGUUGAUGCUCA